GAUAUUAAGAUGGGUGUGCGCCAGAAUCAGUUUAUGCUUGACUUGUUUUUGUAGAAAAAAAUAAAGAAAAAGCUCCAGAAGAACGGCUGGUUGUGGUGAGAGCUAUGACCGUGGGUGACGGAGCAGAAGGGAGGGAGGAGGGGUGAGCGACGCUCCGUUCUGCCUAGUGCAGGACGCAGGAGACGGUCGCUCUCCAAGGUGCUUAAAGUCAGAGCGCGCUCCGUCUUCAGUCUCGCCUACUGGCGAUGGACCUCGGCUGCAGAAUCCAGUGAUGCCUGGCUCCAGUCGCAGUUGGGUUCAUCUUUUUUAUUUUUUAUGUUUGACUCCCACCCUGGUGGAUUCUUAUUGAAAGCAUCUGGAUGUGCAACAAGACCGACUCUCGCUUUCAAACACUGACCUGCAUCAUCUGGAAAUACUAAACUGACUCUGGAUUCUCAGGGAAUGCUACCGAAGGGAUUUUUCUAGUAGUUUUCUUAUCCAUCCGCCUGCUUGUGUCGCAUUUUGUUGAAGGAGAACUGCAAUGUUGUUGCAGGAAAUAAAAAGGUAAGUCGGAUGAGGAUGAUCACAAAGAAGACCUACUUUUUCCGUGGAUGUCUUUUCCUUUUGCGCUGGGAAGAGCAGCGCGAACGGCUCUUCGUUCAUUGCUUUUAAGCCCAUAAACCCGGAGGAGGCGGGGAGGAAAACACGGUCUCGUGGAGAAUUUACCGCGUGGAUGGAGGGAAGUUUCCAAUAAGGCGACUAUCUGAUUUGUUCCGGCUCUUUUUAUGCUCAAUGUGUUGACUUUAAGAAGAUAUCAAACAUUUUCCCUGCGCCCAUCUACCUAGACAUGAUGACGGUGGUGAUGAUAAAGGUGGUGCUGCUAUUGAAGAGCUGGACGGAUUCGGAGCAGAUACCAGGAGCGUAGAAAUGUCAUUCAUGCACUUGGGUUGAGUGUGGAUGUCAACGCCACGAGGAAGGAUGCGCGCUCGCCUGUGGGCCGCCUCCGUCCUCCUCCUGUCCCUGAGCGUCGCGUCGCCGGCCGCGGUGGACAACCCGCAGGAUUACACCGCGGACGAGGCCGAGCGGACCGCCGUUGAUAACAUCAUCUUUGAUGACUACCGGGGCAAAGGGUGCGUGGACGAUAGCGGGUUUGUGUACAAACUGGGGGAGCGCUUCUAUCCGGGACACUCUAACUGCCCGUGCGAGUGCACGGAGGACGGGCCGGUGUGCGACCAGCCCGAGUGCCCGAAACUGCAUCCCAAGUGCACCAAAGUGGAACACAACGGAUGCUGUCCCGAAUGCAAAGAGGUCAGGAACUUUUGCGAGUACAGAGGGAAAACCUAUAAAAUACUGGAAGAAUUCAAGCCGUCGCCCUGUGAAUGGUGCCGCUGCGAACCAAAUAAUGAGGUACACUGUGUGGUGUCAGACUGUGCUGUCCCAGAGUGUGUCAACCCAGUGUACGAGCCAGAGCAGUGCUGCCCCAUCUGUAAAAAUGGUCCAAAUUGCUUUGCUGGAACGACGAUCAUCCCAGCCGGAAUAGAAGUAAAGGUGGACGACUGCACCAUCUGCCGCUGCCACAACGGAGAUUGGUGGAAGCCAGCGCAGUGCUUGCGGCGGGAGUGCCUCAACGGCCAAUCGUUGUCAUAGAGGGACUCCGGUGGGGAUGGUGGAUAAGCUCAGGCAAGGCUCUGCCUACUGCGCCAUUUUGUACGAAUGACAGGGCAGGAGCACAAUUCUUACAAAAACAAAAAAAAAAGAGGAAUGAGAAAAAUGGAGACGGUGAAGAAGUGCAGAGGUGUUCUCCCAAGUUUCACACAAAUACAAAUCUAGCCAGCGAGGAGGUGAUGGAACUUGUCUCCGUUUCCGCCCCGCGGUUUUACUCGCUCUACAUAUUUUAAAAGAAUCCGACUUGCUGCUUUCACUCGGAAACUUUCCAAGCUUCUCGAACUCUUUCCUAACCACUGGCAAUGUUCCAUUGCUGAUGUCGGUUUCUGUAUGUACGUCAUCAGCUUGUUGUAGAUGUUUGUCACAACCACAAAGGUGUUGUAAAGCUCCAACGGCAGAAAAAAAAACAACGCAAAAGCACACUUUACUGCACUUUUUUUCUGCUUAUUUCAGACGAACUUGAGUUUUAUGACUUCACUCUGAGAGCUUGUUUACAAAAUGCACACAACACAUUAAUGUUUGACCUUGUGAGACUUUAUCAUUCUGGCUGUUGUGCACCUCUGAUGCUAUUUUCUUAGUAGCCCCUUGUUUUUUGUCACGUUUUUGUCAAGUAGCAACACAAACAGAACGAGUUGUCAGUAUGAGCAGCUGAAGAGCAAGAAAGGUGUGAUCCUCUACAAAUCACAGAGGAACAGGAACUGCAUCAAAAGAACUCUGGGGACCCUUCUCCAGAUCAACUGGUUUAUGGUUUUCUCUCUGAGGGCAGAAAGGUCCCCUACUAACCAUCCGCUUGAAAUUGUUAUCAAAGCAGUUAGCGAGCCAAGAGUGGCCUACUUUAAUUUCCCUUAAUCAGGAGUAUUCUGUGAUAAAUCCUCCAGCUGGGUGCUUAGCUGCAGCCUGCACGCUGGGCACAUUCAGCAAGAAGCGGCGGACAAAAGAGGAGAACCUGCACACGGCUAAAAGCUUUCGGGAAGCAUUUACAAGCAUAGCAUCCAUGUGAGAAAACAUGGAAAGCAUUCAUCCACUGUCCCAGGCACAUGAUGUCACUCUGCACCAACUCAGGCACUCAAAUCACAUAGCUCCUACAUUUUCUGCAGCUUGUUUCUCCUCUCCUCCACAUCAGAAUGUUGUGUUGCUGCAAUCGAGUCUGUAACAUUUAGGCGAGCUGGCAUUUAUUUCUGGCUGUGAAGUGGUCCAGUCUGGAAGAAAAAUCACACCUAGGCCUCAUUCUAGAUGAUAAAUACCAGUUAUUAAUUCAAAGGUGAAUUUUUGUUAGCUUGUUCAGUUUAUCACUGGAUUUCCCCCCCCCCCCCCCCCCCCCUCUGUUUCUAGAAAAUCUGGUUGUGUUUUAGACCCCAUUCCUGUUCGGUGAUGGACGUGUUGCUUAAAGAGCAGCUCCUAGUUCUCCGUAAGGAGGCAGACAUGAACACAACGAUGGCUAAAUAGGCGCGUUACCUUAAAAGACACAAAAAAGUGAUUUAGAAAUAAUUGUCUACUGAGUCUGCUGCAUGGCUGCAGCAUAUCUGCGAUGAUAACAUAAGAAAAAGGAAAUAAACUGGGCAAAAUUCAGAUUUAGGAGGAACAAUGGAGUCUGUCACUUUUCAUCAUUUAACUGCAUAUAUUUAGUGUCUCUCAGUAUACAAAGACAAACCCAAUUUAUCUGGUUUGAGGUCCGCAGGCUCAUAAAACAAAGCCAACUCAGAUGUGGUUCAUCAGCCCCGGCCUCGAUGCAUCAGACAUUCCAGGAUUAUUAAAGGAGAUUCAUUCAUCAUAAUUACUUUAAAUGCCGCAAAAUUAUUCAGCUCACAAAUGUAUCCAUUAAUAAAAAAAAUAAGAAAGCUUUAGAGAAACAUUUUGAAGAGAAGCGUCAGCUGACAGGACUGUUUGGACAGAAGUGAAAGGCGAGUUCUGCCACCACAGAUGCCUUAUUGCUGCGGGUCCAGAUAAGACUCACAAAGCACGGCCGUUGGCGUCGCAUAGAAGGAACGGCUCAGACUGCUUCAAGUUUGUUCCACUGCUCUCUGCAAUGGUUCACUGUUAUGGAUUACCCCAAAACUAUUCUUUGUUUUAUUGGACGACAUUCCAGAAGGAGCCUGUGGGUUCACAUAAAGUACAAGGACGAGUGUCGUCCAUUCAAAGCUGAAACUCCAGAGGCUGGAUCUAAAAAUACACCGGCAUUUCACCUAGGUAAAUAAAUAAAAAGAGAAAAAAGUCAGACAUGAUUUAUAAACUUAUGACACGACAUAUUUUAUAAUUUUACCAUUACGACCUUUUGUCGUUAGUAAACACGUUAUUACAUAUAUAUAUAUAUAUAUAUAUAUAUAUAUAUUUUUUUUUUUUUUUUUUUACUUAGAGAGCCGCUCUCAUUGGUUUAUGAGAAAAAAAAGUGUGCAGCAGAAAAUUAAACAAGUCUAAACUUAGAUUAGACGUUCGUCCACAUGUUGGAGGUGAGUUGUUAUCUAGGCUGCUCUCAGAGAGCAAAUGAAACAGAAUAUUUAAAGAUGGUUGCAUGGAAAAAGGCAGAAGAUUUUAGUUUUACUGCUGCAGAUCGGAUACAUACGGAAGCACAUUACCAUCAGUGUGGGGGAAAAAAUAGGAGCAGUAUCUCGAAAUAAUGAGGGUUCGUGUUAUAAUGUGAUAGAAAUCUUGUUUGAAUGAGAAACUUUCUCAUUAUAACCAAACUUAAGUCAUUUUCUUUCUUGAAAUAAUGUGUUUCAUAUCUCGUAACAAUGAGAUAGCAGUAAAGGGAGAAACGCCGACAUCUUGCAGGAUGUUGAAUCUCUCGAUAUGACAUUAGGCCUAUUAUCAUUGUGAGGGAAAUCUGUGGGUGUUAUAGGUGUUAUGCACCUGUUAGACUUAACUCAUUCACUGCCAUUGACGACUGAAGUUAUUUGCAUUUUUUUUUACUGUGUGGGCAUUGGAAAGAGCCUCCGCACCAUGAGAACAAACAUCCCAGCUCUAAAGCUGAUCUUCAUCCGAGUCUGUCACGUGUCACGUGACCAGGAAGCAGAAAAUCCACGUGUUAGGAGAUCAAAAAAAGUGAGGCGCGAACCAGAAAAGCUUCUGCCGAUCAUAAUUCAACAACGGAUUAUGAAAGAACGGAUAACGCUUGAAACACGCGGACUCUUCCUGAUGUGAGAGGUGAGACUCUUUGUUUUGGUAGUUUUGGCGUCGACAUCAUCAGAACACAACGUUCUGUGACUCUUAAAAACAACUGUGAAAACGCUGAAAAACGCCGGCAGCGAAGGGCUUUUCUGAUCAGGAAAUGGCUGGCAGUUAAUGAGUUAAACACAAGCUCUUGGUAAAACGAGCUGUCAGUCUGUUGCCUUGGCAACAGGGUGUACAUGACAGAGCCAGCAGAAAAAAGAGCUAGCGAGUGUAAUUUGUUGAUUCUUGCGCUGUUGUUUGGCGGUUCCUCCCCAUUGUUGUGACACUGCUGCUCUGUAGAUCCUAAAGGCCAAACAUCAAGAACUGGAAUAACUAUGGGCCAUUCCCAUCUGUACCGGGUCGGCCCGGGCCGGGUAGCGUAGGUUGUUUACAUAUCUGGGUGGCCUGGUAUUUUUCCGGGCCAACCAAGGCUCAUUCUCAGCCCUCUUCUCGAGGGGGUCUGCUUCAGGCCGACCAGGGCCAACACACCCACUGCUGACAGCAAAUUCACACCUUCCAUUAGAGCAAGCCUCUGAUUGGUGGGUAGAAUCAGCCCACAUGGGCUUAAGGCAAGGAUGUGUGGAAUCACCCGGGCCAGGCUGGGGCCGACUGGGGCUACCCGGCCCGGGCCGACCCGGUACAGAUGGGAAUGGCCCACUAGUUUGUUCAAUCGGAGUGGAAUGACACAACAUAUUUUAUCAUUUUCCCGUUACGACCUUUUGCCGUUAUUAAACACGUUAUUUUGAGAAACGUCAUUAAAAAGAGUUUUACAUCUCAUUAUGAGAAAGUUUAUCAUUAAAACAAAAUUUAAAUUGCAAAACGAGAAACGUUUUCGUUAUUACGAGAUGCUGCACCAGUGUUUUUUCCUUGCACUGACGGCAAUAAGCUUCCGUAGGUGCAGGCAUGCAGCAGGUCUGCAUUACUGCACAUGUUGCUCUGCACUUUAAAUAAAUGCAUUCCUCAAACAGAAAACAAUAUGCUGCUUUUCUCCACUCGGUGCAAACUCAGUUAUUCUUGAGCAAACCAGAGGAAAUUACAUUUCACCUUGCAAAUCCGAGGAAGGACGGAUCAGUCACGCAGCCCGUCUUUGUUAACGUUUCUUUUUGUCGGUUUGUGAAUGUCUAAUCUAAUCAUCCCGUCUGUCCUCCCCUCCAUCAUGAAAACUACGGGCUUGUUCAUGGGCUUCUUGUACAUGCUGCUUUUUUCCAUGAGACACCGACUUACUGUAGCUGGGAACUAUGAAAGAUUGUUUAAUUUCUCCCUCUUUGCUUUAUUUUACUCUCCUGCAACAAAACUGUUACAUAAAGUGUGCCUGAAAACCAACACAGAUGUGGUAAAGGAAGAUUAAAACACUGUUAUUACCUAAUCAAUUGUAUUUUAUUCCUUCUUUUAUUUGGGGAGCACCAAGGAUUUGUUCAUGUGUUUUUAAAUUAUGUUUAGAAUCAUGAUUGUAUUUAAAACGCUCGCUGAAGUUCAAUCUAAACUCAAACAGAAUCCAAAUUUCUGAAAUGACCCUCGGUGCUCCACGUGUUUAUAUGUAAAUAUCUUCAAAUGUAAAAUGUGUAUUCUGAAAUCUAAGGUGGAGUAAAACAAUACCAUCGGAAAUAAAACGUGUUGUGUUUAUUUAGAAAGAGAUAUUUAGUGGAACUGAGUUUAAAACAAGUUUUAUUAGACAUAAGUGAGCGUGGAGUUUUCUUUUAUCGAGUCAGACUCUUAAAAUAGGAAUGCUGUCAGCUGAUAUUAGCAUUAACAUGUGAUGAUGGAAAUUGUCUGUAAUUGUUUUUACUCUUUUAACGACACAACUUUUACAUGUCAAGUACAUAUUAUACCUGAAACUCUUCAGCUACAGCUCUGGUCACUAAAAAUGUCAAAAUAUGAAACAUCUGAGGUUUAGUUUUUGAGAUAUUUCACACUCGGCCUGAAUACAAUUGAGGUAGUAGUCAUAUUUUGCACAGAUAAGGUACAUUUUGCACAAUAGGGACUAAUAGGUAGUAAAAAUGUUUUUUUUUUAAUGAAGGACGCCGCAUAUAUUGGUGUCAGGAAUUAAGAGUAAAAAAAUAUGUCAGAUACUGCUUUACGCGCCGAUAUCGCAUAUCCUUACUUUUAAUAGAUUUCUGGACAUCAAAUCACUUGAGAUGAUAAAAUAAAAACUCAUUCAUUCUAGUUUCUUUUCUUGCAUGUUUUUGAAAACUUCAUGACAAAAAAUGCAGUUAAAGCAAACAGCUGCAGGAUUCAUCUCACAGAAUUUAAGAACUUUUGAAGAAAAACUCAAAAACCUUGAGUAAUGUGUUUUGAAAGUGAAGAGAUUCCUGAAUAAAUAAAAGCACAAUACUGUCGUGGCUGCAUGAGUAGAAGACUGGAACAAUAACGCAAUUUAAUGGUGUAAUGCUGAGUUCAAGGGCAUUACUCAUAAGUUCAUUCUUCCAUUCCAUUUCAUUACAAGUCAGUUCAGGCUUCCAUCUCGUCCGCACUAACGGUCUUCUCCCACCUCCCACUGCAGACAAGAAACAGGAAGCUAUUUUACGCAGCACAUGGCAAUCAAUAGCAAUUAGGUGUAUCCUUGACUAAUCCUACUGAAAACGGCAUUCCGGGCAAAGCCAGCAGAGGAUCUCUUAAAGAACACAUUCCUAUAAAAAAGUUUUUGUUUCUAAACCGGUGCCAGCACUUCGAUGGAAUUUUAUAAUGCUGCUUUGUUUUCCCAGUCAAGCUUUCUGUGGUGCCCCACUCCACUUUCAUUCUAAACGGACAUUUUCAAUUAGAUAAUCUCUUUCUGGUAAAGCCACUCACAUAAUGGAAAAAGAUCCCACCAUUAAACACUGAGGCACACAACAAAUUGAUUUCAGUCUAACACACACAUGACACAAAACAAAAGGCCCAGCAGAAUGGAAGCACGAGCAGCAGAUGAACGUGCUUAAAGCGAGCUGGAAAUCGACAGGCAGGUGGGUUGUGGCAUCCGCCAAGGUGCAGAGGCGUGAAAUGGUGGAAUAGAGGCUACGUGUCGCGAAAAGGCAGCAAAUAAUUAUCUGAUUAAAUUUUAUUUCAGUCAGGCUAACUUCUAACCACAACUCAGAGCCUAAAGCUUCCCCUGCAGGGGGGCCUCGGCAAGGUCUGCAGCAACUUUGCUCAAAGGCCAUUUAAUUAUAAGACCUGGAUGCCUCCUGCACUGAGGAUUGCAGGCAAAAAAAUCUCCAUGAAUGCCAUAAUGUAGAAAAAGAAAUGUUGGAGAUUGGAAACAUGCAAGUUCCUCCAAACGAGAUUUAUCUUGAAGCUACGGAGACACUUCGCUCUGAAGAUGGCAGAGAUGAUCGAUGGUGUCACGAAAAGGACCAUCACAGGUGGUGUGGCUAAGCUGACUGUUGUAAAAAUACCUUCAAAGUGCUAAUGUAGGUUCAUCAGGACCAUCUUGAUAAAUGUUUAUUUUUCUUUUCUAUUAUUGUACACAUUUCAAACCAGAAUACUCAAGAACAUAUUUCACCAUAUUGAAAGUGUAUGUUUAAAGAGCAAGUCACCCCCAAAUAAACUUUUUUUUGCUGAUAAACUAAAUAAACGAGUGUCUAAUCGUGCUGCAGACACGUGUCGUCAAUAAUUUGGCACUUCAGUGCAUCUUAGUUAAAAUUUAAAUAUUCUGCCUAAAACUGGCUGUGUUGUGCCGUUGUCAGGUAAAAACUCUGCACUGUAUUUUAAUUUAAAUCUGCCACCGCUAUUGGCUAAGAAGUAUGCUAUGAUGUAAACUGGUACAUUAUGAUGUCACAAUGCUGUCGUGAGCCUGUGUGUGUGUGGGUGGGUGUAUUUGUUAGCGGCUCCGCCCUCUCGGUCUGCCAGGCAACAGCAUGCGUUGCAUUUUUCAAACAUGAAGUGGGAGUGGAGUUAGACUCUGGUAGGGGUUGACUUGCUCUUUAAAAAGAAGCCCAAAACAAAAUGUUUAUUACGUUAAAGCAAAAAUUUACAACCACGUGCAAAAAUUUUAUAAUUAUUUCUUUAUUAAAAAUGUCUGUUUCAUUAGUAAUGCACAAAUUUCUAGUGACUUGUCUAAAGAAACGUCAAGGUUGCACAAAGAAAAACACUAAGAAUCAACAUAGGACCUUUCUCCAUCGAGCACUAAAAUAAUACUCCAUUAUUAAUAUUAUUAUUUUCUAGACUAUAUGCAAUUUUUAUGAUUAAUCAUCUUAAGGUAAAAAUUUUUAAACAUGAUUCAGUUUAGUAAAUAAAAGCUUUAAAGGUUCGGCACCGGGAGGAGGCAGAAGGUAGCGAUGCAGUCCUUCACCCAGGUGGACGGAGCAGACCACACCUUUCCCCGUCUGACUACUGCGGGCUUGUAAGGUCCCUGCGGGUCGUAGAUGAUGUACUGGGUGCAGAGGGCCUGGUCAGAGCCCGGCUGGGCGUGGUAAGCUGCUGCACUUAGGGUUUGUGUCACGUCGCUGUCUGGCUUCGGCUGCCGGCUCAGGAGCUGGCCGCCUCCUUCCCUCAGCAGCUUGGUGAGCUCGUCUUUGGUCGGCGCCUUAAAGGGUCCGAGGAGGAAGAAGAAACAGCCGUCGAAGAGAGGCGGGAGC